UAGUAAGAGGGGAGAUAGAUAGUAGUGAACUGUUAAAAACUUUGAGAGAGGGGCUGUUUAUCUACACUUUGGUGAACUGGCUUCGUCCACAACUGUUUCUUCUUUUUCUCUCUCUCCUCCAAAACAACGGAAUGGUGUGAAUGUCCAGCCGAGAGGAGAACGACUCUGAUAUCCGCAUCUACCAGAGCGCCUUCAAACUUCUACCAAGUUUACUCACAUUUUCGGGAGACUCUGCAUGCUGGAGCUUGAAGCUGACUUCCUGUAGGCCGCUUCACAGAGAGGGAAAUCCUUGUGGAAAGCAGGAGAAAGGCCUGUUCACUUACCUUCCUCACACUGGAAGCUGCAGGAUAAUAACAAAAUGGCUAGAAGAUCCCCCAUUCCCGUGUUACUUCUUGCAAUAUGUUGCCUGGCAUCUGCAGGGCCUUUGUUUCGCAGCCCAUGUGAGCUGCUGCCGGUGGGGAUGGGACACCCGGUGCAGGCCUCGUUGAAGAGCUUCACCGCCCUGUCAGGCUGUGCAAGCAGGGGCACCGCCAGCCUCCCUCAGGAGGUCCACAUCAUCAACCUGAGAGGACAUGCUCCAGAGGGACCAGACAACACCCCGGCAGAAGUUGAGUUGCAUCUGAAGCCCAUCCAGUCUCUGCUGCGCCACCAGAAGCCCCUGGUCUUUGUACUUAACUCCCCCCAACCACUGAUCUGGGAGAUCAAGACAGAGAACCUGGCCCUGGGCAUCAAACGUACCUUUCAUGUAUCAGAGGGCUCAGAGGUCCACUUUCAGCCGGGAAACUUCUCCCUUUCCUGCCAGAUCCAGAAGGAGACCUUUCCCCACGGCAAUGAGCACCUCCUCAGCUGGGCCCAGAAGAAGUACAGGGCAGUCACCUCUUUCUCUGAGCUCAGGAUGACUCAAGACAUCUACAUCAAAGUCGGAGAAGAUCCAGUGUUUUCUGACACCUGCAAGAUUGAUACCAAGUUCCUGUCUCUGAACUACCUGGGCGGCUACGUGGAGCCACAGACAUCAAAGGGUUGUGUCCUGUCAGGACCCGACAAAGACCAAGAGGUCCACAUCAUUGAACUCCAGGCCCCAAACUCCAGCAGUGCUUUCCAGGUGGACGUCAUCGUGGAUCUACGGCCUCUGGAGGACGAUGCCCCCCUGCAUCGUGACAUUGUCUUGCUGCUCAAGUGCGCUAAGUCUGUCAACUGGGUCAUCAAGGCCCACCGUGUGAUUGGCAAGCUGGAAGUAGUGGCCUCUGAUACUGUGAGUGUUAGCUUAAAUACAGAGAGACUGAUGCAAGUGUCCAAAACCCCCAAGCAGCACUUACCAUCAGGAUCACAAGCCUUGAUCAAGUGGGCAGAAGAGCAAGGCUACAGUCCAGUGACCUCUUACACCAGCACUCCUGUGGCUAACCACUUCAAUAUCCGACUCAGAGAGCCAGAUGUGGUGGAUCCUCAGGAGAGCAUGUUCCCUCCAGAGUUCUCCAUCCUGCGUGACAAUCCUCACCGAAGGGCAGGAACAGCUUCACGGCGCUCAGGACUGCCCUUCCCUUUCCACCCGCCCAUGUCUGACGGUCUGCCGUACCUGACACUACAUUCCUCCAUCGAUGACCGGCCCUGGGAGAAUGGAGAGCCCGAGGAGCAGCAGGGCGUUCUGAGUGUUGGCCUCAGUGUGCAGUGUGAGGAAACAAAGAUGGUGGUCAGCAUCGACAAAGAGAGUCUGCAAGCGAACGGGUUUAUUCAUGCCAACCUCACGCUCCAAGACCCAGAAUGCAAAGCAACAGUGAAUGCCACCCACUACACACUGGAAACUCCUCUGACUGGCUGUCAGACCACCAUAUAUUCCAUGCAGGGUAUGGGUACGGCCUUCUACAUCAACUCUGUCGUGAUAAGUCAUGCUGAGACUAAGGAUGGGAGUGGCGGGCCAGUGGAUUAUGAGGAUCUGGAAUCCGGAGACGUGCUGUUCCCGAAGGACCCAGUGGAGUUAGAGAGGACGUUUACAGAGCCCACAGAGCACCAGUCUGUCAUAGUGUUCAAUUGCACGUACAGAAAGAACCAGGAAACCUCAGAAACACUUCCCAGGAUUGUACCGGGACCAGCCAGGCAGCCGGUCAACAACAUGACGUUCAGUAUGGAGCUGUACAAAACGCUGCCGUCCAGCAACCCCUCACGCCAGGCCUUCUACACUGUUUCACAAAAUCAACAAGUCUUUGUGGAGGUCACAUCAACCGCAUCAGAUCCGGAUCUGGGGUUCACCAUCAUAUCGUGCUUCAUUUCUCCGAACUCCGACUCCAACGUGGCCUCAAACUACACUCUCAUUGAGACAGUCUGCCCCACGGAUGACUCUGUCUUCCCUAUCCCUCACACACAGAUUGAUAGGAAAAGUUUCAGCUUCAACUUCAGCUCAAAGUUUAACAUGUCCCUGCUUUUCCUGCACUGUGAGAUGACUCUGUGCACCAAGAAACCUCACAUCAACCACAGACUACCGCCGUGCUUACAGCCCAGCGAGUCCUGUGAUUCUCUUAAUGCGGACAACAUCCUCAUGAUGAUGAUGAACAAAAAGACGUCUACUAAGCCGCUGGUUGUGGUGGACAACUUUGUUAUACCAGAUUUGACAGUUAUUCCUCCGCAUGAAACACCAGAACCCUCAGUGGAUCCUUCUAUUUACGAGACACUGUACGUGCUGGACACUCCAACAGUGGUGGGGAUCGCCUUUGCGGCCUUUGUGAUUGGGGCUCUGUUGACUGGAGCCCUGUGGUUUAUCUACUCUCACACAGGUGAGACAGCUGGCACCCAGCGGGUCCAGAAGUCUCAACCCGCCUCUGAGAACAGCAGCGCGGCCCACAGUAUCGGCAGCACACAGAGCACGCCCUGCUCCAGCAGCAGCACAGCGUAGCCCAGGACACACAUUGGCGGGACACACAAGCCCGGCUGUGGCACAGGAAGGGCCUGGCGGGUUCACAGGGACCGGUUUGUUGAUUUCCUUCCAUGAAAGGAAUUAUUUUUGGGCACGCGAUAGGAAGGAAAAAAAAUCUGAAUUUAAAAAAGAAGAAAAAACACAAUAACACCCUUAGUUCUUGUGUAAGUCCCUUUGUGCCACUUCAAGUGUGUGUGCAGACAAGUGUACUGUCCUGGUGUUAUUGGUGAGUAACAGUUCUGAGACCCAACUUGGCAGCCGCACCUCAUAUCUAGUACAAAAAAGUACAAGAAACAAAUGUGAGUUUAUACCAGGCAUUUCUUUCUAAUCCAAAUGCUGCUUUUUUCUGACGACAACAGAGCCUUUUGUUUUGACCUUAAAUGGUUUGAUUUUCGGCUGUUUCGAACAAGCAGGUGAAUAGCAGUGAUGUCAGUAUUUGUAAGUGAGAUGUCGACGGCUGGGCUGUUACACGUUACUUUUAGGACAUGCAACCAUUAAGGUGGCAAAGGAGCAAAGCAACCACUAUUAACAAGCGGACAAAAGUGCAGUAUGAACAGAAGUCAUCAUCUUGACCAAAAGAGAGAUCAUGGCUUUUAAAAGAUGCGAGACAGUGUAGGUAUUGAAUGUAUACAGAAGAUUAAACGCCAAAAAAUGUGAAAGAAAAAUGUGAAAGACAUGCUGAUAAAAUUCCACAUUUGAUAAUGUACUAAUUUCACUCAUUCUUCCCUCAUAAUGGAUUUAUAGACACAAGCCGGUAAAACAUAUUUUACCAGCGCUUUCUAUACAGUCGUUAUAGAAAUGCAUUUCAGUAGAUGGGGGUCUGAGUUUCAAUUUCAUAGAUGUUGCAUAACUUCACAGGGGCAUUAUGGGUUCCCUUUUAUUAGUUGUUGUCAUGGAAUAGGUUGACAUUUUGGGAAAUGCGAUGAUUUUUUCUUUGUCCAACAGAAGAUCGAUACCUCUCUCCUGUUUUUGUGUUAGGUAUGUAGCUCAGUACAGGGGGUGAUUAGCCUAGCUUAGCAUGAAGAUUGUAAGCAAAGGGAAAACAGAGAUAGUUCAACAUUUUUAAGAAAAAUAUACAGAAUGAAAAAACACUGUAAAACUCCUAAUUGUCAGUUUAAAUAUCUGCCUUUGCCAAGUUGAAGAAACAUGUAAGUUAGUUAGUUAGUGAGCUUUAGAUGUACUGCUCACUAAGUGUAUUUUAUUUUGCACGGCCAGGCUAGCUCGUUUUUAUGCUAAGGUAAGUUUAUAAAACCUAAAAAAUACACCAGCCAACACCACUGAAAGGCAUUCACACACGUCUGUUGAACCCGCACGCAAACUGAAAUUAAAAACAUCAGUGUGGUGUUUCAGGGAAUGUUUCGUACAGUUAUUUUUCUUGAAAACACUAAGCUAGGCUAAACCCCUCCCGGCUCCAGCGCCAUACUUAACACACAGACAUGAGAGUGGGUUUGAUCUUUUCAUAAUCAUCUUUCCUAAAACUAUUCGUUUAAGAUGUGUAUAUUUUUGUAAAUAUUGUAAAUACUCCAAAAUGUCAUGAGGCAGAGCGUGGAAAUUUAUGUUUUUGUACUUCUACCAUGUCAUAUUUUGAAAGUUACAAAAUACACACCACAGUGUUUAAUGACAAAAUCAACAGGGUGUUAUUUCAAGACACAAAUUUCUAAUCAUGUCUUAGCAUAGUUGACGUAGUUAAGGUCCCACUGUCUGUCAGACAGAGCACAAGAAAGAGUGCUUUUGUUAUUUUAUAAAGCCAAUUGUACAGUGAAUUGAAUUUCCUUGUCACGGUUUGUAGAAAUCUUGGCACUGACAGUGUGUCGAAUAAGCUGUAGCUCAAGCUCCUUGUUAUGGACAUACAUAUUCAGGUGUUCCUCGAACUGCGACACCACGUCUACCCCCACCGUCUCCGAAUAAUAUGAAUGUUUGCUCCCGUGCCUUCCUUUUAUUAACCUGUAUGUGUUUUCUAUCAGACUGUGUGUGGGACUAACUGGGAAAUUCGAGAAAUUAGGUUUCCCUGUAACGAUUUAACCAAGUCUCUGGUGAAGAGUAACAAGAAAAACAGAAUGUAUGUUAUCUCAAAGCUUUUUAUUUUCUUUUCAUUUCAUAUGUAAACAUGUAUAAAACUUUCUACAGAGGGAACAGAGUAUAAAUAUAUAUAUUUGUGUAUAAAAUUAUAUUUUGGAAUAUAUUUACCGAGAGAAAAUUUAUCUUCUAUGUGUGUAAGACUGUGAAUUGUGGAUGUGCUCAUACAUAACACACGUUUGUUGGGGAUUGGUUUAUAUUAUUCAUAAAAGCCUCAUGGCAUGUUUUAUGACACUUGACCAAUGAAAAUUUGUAUUAAUAAAAUUAUUAAGCCCCUUUUUUUUUUAAAUAACACUUUGAGUUUGUUUUACUCACUAAUAAAAGUGAAAAGUUACAAUUUUCUCACAAAAUUUGAAAAUAUGUACGCCAAAACAAAAAACUCUAGUUUUAUAUGUCAGUUUUUUAUUAAAUAAUGAGUCAUAAAACAUGUUAUGAGUUUGUAAUGAAUACCACAUUUAAAUACUUUUCAAACAAAGCAGAUUAUUUCUUCUGUACAUGGAAGAAAUACGUCCAAAACCCCUGUGUUUUGUUUAAACCUUACUAUAGUUUGGAUCGAAUCUUUUAUUUUCCCACUUGGCAAUGAUGACUCAUUACUGAAGCUGUUGCAUAUUAAUACUACUUUGUAUGAAUUGUGUGUUUACUAAAAUAUUUUCAUAUGACAGAAAUAAAUUUAUAUGUUAAACUUAUAUAUUUGAAUCAGUAUCUUAAAUUUGAGUUUCAUAUCUUUGAAGAUAAGCUGUAACGAUGACUAUUAAACUUUGUUUUUUAUCAUGAUAUUAGUUAGAUUCAGUUGUUGCCACAGAACAAAACCCAGAUCCCCAGCGUGUUUUGUUCCUCCUGUUGUCAUGAGCAAUGACAUUUAUCCCCUUAAAAUGAAAAAAAAAAUGACUUCAAUGCUAAACCACUAAUGGCAGCAGUUAAACCAAAUUUGAAAUAAAGUGGAAUAAAUAUUAAAUGUGCUAACAUUCAGUUAAAAUGAAGAAAAUCCAACAUUUUCUUAGUUUGUUUCUGGAAACUCAACUGGUUUCACAUGAGAAGUCCUUUUUUUAAAUUACAUUAGAUCCACUUGGUUUUGGGGCAACAUUAGAACUUGUUUAAAGCCAGCAGUGUCUCCAUUAACUCAGCUACACAGUAAAUACACAGCAAUGAUAUGUUGUGCACUGUUAUUGUGAACAACAACACUGUAUCCCGCUGUACUGAAUACAGAGCAGACUCAGAGAGCAAUCCAUGUCUUACAGAGUGGUAAUAUAAUCAGCGGUCAUUGUGGGAUUAAGGCUCUCUGACAUUCCUGCAGUUUUGUGGUUUCUGUUAUCGACCGUGGCAAAUCCAUCUCCCCAUAUGUAAUUAACCCCCCACCCCCACCCCCACCCCCACCCGCUCCAACCCCCUCCACCAUGCUGUUAACUAGCUGAGCCUCAAAUUAUGUUCUGGAUCUAUAAUCUUCUCGUUUUGAGAUCAUUUGGAGAUAUUCUUUCACUCAAACUAAUGAUACAAUUCAGAGUUGCUGCUCAAAUAUCAACAUUCCUCCUCCUCCGUUACUCCAGUGCAUGCUGGGAAAACCUCCAGCCACUUUCCCUCUCAUUGCCACCAAUAAGCACAAGCAGGUAUAUGCUAUCACUAUGAAAUAAUGAUGCUGUAUCACACAAAGGCAUAUUGUUACAAUAAGUGUGCUGAAGUACCAGAGCUCCACUGUAUGAAUCUGCAAACAGCUGUAAUUGGAGCACAAAUCCAUAUAACUAGUUAUUGAUUGUAUUUUUUUUAACCAUUUGACUACCUCAUGUUUUUCUAUGAAUGUGUCAUUUGUGUGUUUGUAUGUGUGCGAGUGUUUUCUGUGCCUAUGUUUGAGCUAAAGAAAAGUUUAAAAGCUUAUAGAUUACACUGCGGUUUUAUCAUUCGGGGGCCCCUUAUGUGGUUUAACUGCAGCUCACGUUUAAUUUUUCUGUCUCAAAAACAAACAAUGAAGAGUUUGCUGUUUCCCAUGAUGACAAGAUUGCCCUUUGAGGGCGUUGUAAAUGUGUAAAACUUUGCUUGGCAGUUAUUGUUUCCUUUGGAUUUUGAAACUUUUUAUACGCUGUAAAUAUGCAUGAAAUUUGUAUACCCAUUAUGUUCAAUAAAUUUUCAUUAUAAUUCA